CUUCGUCUCACAACCGAAAUUACCAGUAAUUACUCAUCUAGCUGUAGAUCUCAUCCUCUCUUUCUCCCCAUUCUCUCUGUUUAAUCUCUUUCUGCUUCUCCAAUGGCGACCGAAGAGCCCGCAGUCGUUACCGAGACGGAGAUUGUGACCGUCGUUCCAACUGAACCUGCCGAGGAGACUCCAGCACCCAAGGCGAAAAAGGCCCCCAAGGAACCCAAGGCCAAGAAGCCUUCGAAGCCACGGGCACCACGCACACAUCCCCCUUACGAAGAGAUGGUUAAGGAUGCGAUUGUAUCCCUGAAAGACAAGAGCGGUUCGAGUCAAUAUGCGAUUACCAAGUUUCUUGAGGAUAAGCACAAACAGCUUCCAUCCAACUUCAAGAAGUUGCUUCUUUUUCAUUUGAAGAAGCUUGUGUCUUCUGGUAAGAUUUCGAAGGUGAAGGGAUCUUACAAGAUUCCGGCAGCGAGGUCAACGGCAGCUGCAAAGCCAGCCACUGCUGCGAAGAAGAAGAAACCGGCUGCAGCUGCUAAGUCGAAGCCGAAGGCUAAGGCUGCUGCUAAGCCGAAGGCUAAGGCUGCUGCUAAGUCGAAAGCUGUUAAGUCCGCCAAGAAGGCACCGGCGAAGUCUCCUGCUAAGCCAAAGGCUGCAGCUAAGCCUAAAGCGAAGCCGGCUGCUAAGCCCAAGCCUGCUGCGAAGCCGAAAACCGCCGCGCCAAAGACCAAAGCUGUGGCUACCGUGAAGCCGAAAGCUGUCGCUAAGCCGAAGCCAGCUGCGAAGUCGAGGCCAAAGCCAAAGGAGAGACCUGCGGCUAAGGCCUCAAGGACUUCAACGAGGUCAUCUCCUGGGAAGAAAGCUCCCGCUCCCAAGCCGACGCCGAAGAAAGCCCCGGCAGCUAAGAAGACUCCAGCCAAGGCCGCCAAGCCGAAGAGUGUUAAGUCCCCGACGAGAAAGGCACCAGCGAGGGGAAAGAAGUGAUUUGGAAGAAUGAGAAGAAGAGAGCCUAGUUUCUAGGGUAGUAGUGUUUGUAAAUUGGGUAAAAUUUUACCCUAUAUUUUCUUCUCGUGGGAAAAAAUAUAUGAAAUUGAGAUUUUCUUUUCUUUUCUUUUUUCAGAGGUCAAUUUAUUUUCUUUCUAGUAGUUUGUUUUAUAGAGAUGUGACAUUUUAAUGAAUUAUGGUCCUUCAAUCGAGUUGUUUCAAAUAA